AUGGGGCCGGUGCAUGGCGAACGGAACGGUUCAUCAAGCCAUUUAUCGCCUCAAACCCCUAAACUAAAUAGGAAGAGGGGUACUUUACAAAAAGGGGGUAAUUGCUUCGCACCUGACUGUGAUAGCCCUCUCGAUACCUUAUUGCAGCUUUGGCGGGAAGAAGAUAAGAAAACGCGAAGCGUUCUAUUGGUUUCCCAACUUAUUGCUUCUAAAGGCUGCCCUCUCUCGGCUGGAUGUUGGUCCAGCCUACUACGAGGAUCCCGCCUUUCCUUCACGGGCUUACUUAGUGCUUGUGCUAAGGAGCAAGAAAACGGAUGCGCUAAGGUUGACGCUCGACCCAAACAAGCAACGGCGAGCCCCUAUCAGAGAAAGCCUUGGUCAAGCGCGCUAGCGCGCUUUACUUGGAGGUUCGCGCAUCCUCUUGCUGGGAGAGGGGCUAAUGCCACUCGACUGGUUGGAGAGGGGUGA